AUGCCACUUCCUCGGCAGUGCUUUCCCCGCUGUGCAAUUCUUAUUGUUGUGGGCUGUUUUGUCAUCGUCGUUGUUACCUGUGGUACAUACUUCAAUUUGAGCAAAAGGCACAGUCACUCGUUCGACUGGACGACAAUUGUGAGCGAUCGCGGAGAUGUUCUUCCUGAUUUUAGCUUUGCUGGGUACCACAACUCGGCGAUAAUAUUGCCCAACAGGCCUGGUGCCAACAUUACACUGGUUUUCAACAGUAGCAUUGCUGACGUGAAGCCUCUGAUACAAGAGGCUAUUGAUAGUCUCGCAUCUUCAGGUGGCGGGACUGUUGUUCUGCCUGAAGGUAGAUGGCCCAUGACUGCAGGCAUCAAUGUCACUAGUGGAGUUGUUGUCGCUGGAGCUGGAGACAACAAAACGGUUCUGGUCUUACAAGAGCGCCCGUCGCAAUCAGUCUUCACCCUUGGCACACCUAUCAAUACUACAAGGCCUCGGUAUGGUUUCAGAUCAAGCAUCACCAACCAGUAUCUACCAAUCGGCUCCUCGUCUGUCGAGGUUAUUGACGGCGCUGGAUUUGCUGCUGAUCAGCUGGUUUAUGUCUCUCGAAAUGCAUCAGAAGCGUGGAUCAGAGAUAACGGAAUGGAUGGUCUCAUCCGAGACGAUGCUCAACAGACAUGGAUACCAGUGGACAAGAGAAUAUUGUCACCCAACCAGAUCAGCAGCGUCUAUGGCACAAAUAUUACUCUCAGGAUUCCUUUGACGGACAAUCUUGACUCCGACUAUGUCCAGCCUGAAUUGAUAGUCUAUACUCCGCCGUAUGUCAAUGAAGAGAUUGGUAUACAAGAUCUUGGGAUUGAAGUCCCCGACACGUGCUCGGGCGCACCACUUAAUGAUAAAACGUGCAACUCUGCUGCUGUUUAUUUCCCUUCUUGGACUGUUGACAGUUGGGCCAGUGGACUAUCCCUAAAAGGAUUCAACAAAUUCUUCCAAGUGGACCAAGAUGCCUCUCGCAUCACCAUUCAGAAUUCCACUAUGGACCGUGAUCGAGAUAUUCAAGGGGCUGCUCUUCCGUUUGACAUCUUAAUACAAAGCUCUCAGGUUUUGAUACAAGACUGUUCACAAGUUGGAAUAUCAUCGGCAAGAUGUUUUACUGUCAGUACAGGGUCCUUGACACCUGGUCCGAACGCUGUUUUGCGUCACAAGGCCAAAUCUGAUGUUCAAACUAUAUAUCCACAUCAGAGAUGGGCGCAGGGAUUGUUGGUGGAAGAUAGCUCCGUGAAAACUUUAUUUGUAGACAGGGGCAUCAAAGGCUCAGGUCAUGGGUGGUCUAUCAAUGGUGGCGUGGGGUGGAACCUUGAUGGGAGUGUCGACUUCGAGUCGCCGCCGCUUGGUAUCAAUUGGUGUAUCGGUUGUGGAGGAAAUGGUCGUGAUCCGAAAGGGAAUGCGACAUUCAUAGAUUCAGGUAAAAGAGUCGAACCUCGGAGCCUAUUCAUGGCUCAGCUGGAAGAGCGAGGCAUUUACAGAUAUGACGAUGAGGAUGGGCAAACUGACGAGUAG